GCUUCUUCUAUUCCACCAACAACUGUUUGGACCAUUUUAGUUUGAAGCAGUCAAUACUGUGACCUUUCUCAAGCGGGUCUACGAAAAUCUGCAGAAUCAUGGGUUCUAUGAUCCUAGAUAGAAAGCCUGGCGGCUUCUCGUUUGACAAUUGUUACAGAAAUAAAGUUAUCGAACAGAAAGGCUAUCAAGCUCCGAAACCUGUAAAGACUGGGACAACAAUAUGCGGUGUUGUUUUCAAGGAUGGUGUGGUUCUAGGUGCAGAUACCAGAGCGACGGAGGGAAACAUAGUUGCUGAAAAGAAUUGUUCUAAGAUUCACUACAUUUCAAAAAAUAUUUAUUGCUGUGGAGCAGGGACUGCAGCCGAUACCCAAAUGGUUACUAUGAUGAUUUCUUCGCAGGUCGAACUACACCGUUUGAAUACGGGUAGAACACCUCGUGUUAUCAUCCCACUCCGCUUACUAAAACGUUAUCUUUUCCAAUACCAAGGUUACGUUGGUGCUGCACUUGUGCUCGGUGGCGUUGAUUCGACAGGCCCACACUUGUAUAGUGUUGCUCCACAUGGGUCAAGUGACAAACUACCUUACAUUACAAUGGGUAGUGGUAGUCUUGCAUGCAUGACUGUGCUUGAAUCAAGGUAUACAUUUAAUAUGGAGAGAGACGAGGCCGUACAGUUAGUACGCGAUGGAAUAGCCGCUGGUAUAUUCAACGAUAUGGGAUCUGGUAGCAAUGUUGACGUUUGUAUUAUCACCAAAGAUGGUACUGAGUAUAUUCGACCCUAUGACGAAGCUAAUGUAAAAGGCAAAAGGAGGAAGAGCUCUUGUUUUUCUUUUGAGAAAAGAUUUCAAGUGAUCGACAAUAGAGAGACGAACAGUGAACCAGAACAAAGUAGUUUCAAUUCACAACAUUGA